AUGGUUCAAUUGCCGUUGACUUAUCCAGAGUUGUUUUUAGCUAAGAAGAUUACUCCCCCUCGCGGUGUACUCUUCCAUGGCCCUCCUGGAACUGGAAAGACUUUGAUGGCAAGAGCUCUGGCCGCAAGCUGUAGCACAGAAGCCAGAAAGGUUACAUUUUAUAUGAGGAAGGGGGCAGAUUGUCUCAGCAAAUGGGUGGGAGAGGCGGAACGUCAACUUAGAUUGCUGUUUGAAGAGGCUAAGAACAAUCAACCGAGUAUCAUUUUCUUUGACGAAAUUGAUGGACUGGCCCCGGUUAGGUCCUCAAAGCAGGACCAAAUCCACGCGUCGAUAGUGUCAACCAUGUUGGCGUUGAUGGAUGGCAUGGAUGGCAGAGGACAAGUUGUUGUAAUCGGCGCCACUAAUAGACCUGAUGCGGUGGAUCCCGCACUUCGUCGCCCUGGGCGUUUCGAUCGAGAGUUCUAUUUUCCUCUCCCUUCAGUUGAUGCACGGAAGUCUAUCAUCGACAUCCAUACCAAGGGAUGGAGCCCAGCUCUACCAGAGGCAUUGAAGGAAGGGUUAGCCUUACAAACCAAAGGCUACGGCGGCGCUGAUCUAAGGGCAAUCACUGUUGACAAGCUCGCCCUUGACCCCACCUCAAUUCAUGUCACCGCCCGCGACUUCAUGCUCGCGAUGAAAAAGGUGGUCCCGUCCUCGCAGAGGUCUUCGUCUUCCGGAACAGAUCCGCUGCCGUCAUUUAUUGAGCCUUUGUUGAUUGGUCCUCUUCAGCAAUUGAAGAAGUGUAUGGAUGGUAUCCUCCCGGAGCGCAAGCGAUUGACUGUAUUGGAGGAGGCCAUGUACGAGGACGACCAGGAUUCGGAUGGUGGCUUCUCACGUGAAAAUAUGAUGCAAGAUUUCGACCAAGCUCGUGUCUUCCGUCCCCGGAUGUUGAUUCAUGGCGCCCCUGGAAUGGGGCAACAGUAUCUUGCAGCAGCACUAUUGAACUAUUUUGAGAAGCUGCAUGUUCAAGCAUUCGAUUUAGCAACCUUAGUUGGUGAUUCUGCAAGGUCGGUUGAGACUGCCAUAGUGCAGUUGUUUGUCGAGGUCAAACGGCAUAAGCCGAGUGUUGUAUUCAUCCCUGAUGUGGAUACCUGGUACAGCUCUAUUGGCCAACAAGGGUUAAUCACCUUCAAGGGUUUACUGAGAAGCAUCCCGGCAAACGAUCCGGUACUUCUGCUUGGCGUAACAAACUCUGAGCUUGAUGAUUUAGACCCCACGUUGCUGCAUGAUCUUUUCGGGUUCUCCAAGAGGGAUAGAUUUAGAAUUCCAAUGCCUAAUGAAGAGGCACGCCGGAAAUACUUUGAUAGAUUGAUUUCCUAUAUUCAGAAGGCUCCUAAUGAAUUCCCGCCUGAUCCAUCGACAAGGAGAAAGCGAGAACUGCCUGUUCUACCUGUUGUACCACCGCCGCCACCUCGUGCUAUGACAAAGGAAGAGCGCAAGGCACAAGAAACGAAGGAUAAGCAGAUCAAGAAUUGGCUUAAGAUGAGGUUAUUUUAUGCCAUAGAUACUGUUAGAUCCAAACUUAGACGAUUUAAAAAGCCUAUACUGGACUACGAGGCAAUUAAGCACUUAUUCGAAGAGCCUGAAGUCACCUCAGAUCUCGCCAUCCAAGGCACCGCAAGCAAUUACCAAUUACUCUUACCCAAGAAUAUACACUCUCCGCCAAAGGUCAUUGACACUACCACUGGCAAAACUUUUUACAAUAUGGACAUGGAUGUUAUUGAAGAGAGGGUUUCGAAUGGUUAUUAUUGUAGUGCUAAGCAAUUCCUCCGAGACGUGGAGUACAUCAGGGAUGAUUGGAUGGAGCUGGGCCACAAAGAGCAUAGAAUGAAGGUCAACGAGCUCUUGACCCAUCUCGAAGUCAUCGCAACCGAUAUAGAAGUAAUGGACCAGGCGAUGGCGGCCCAGUGCGCGGAAUUAUGGGCUCGCGAGCGCAAGAAAAUAGAAGAGCGAGCCGAGAAGGCCGAGCGUCAGAAGCGCGCAGAGGGGGAAGCGCGCUUGGAAGCGGAGAAGACCCGUGCAUCACUGGAUCGCCAGAGCCCUCCCGCCGAGCGACAGAUCCAAGGGGGGUCAGACAAAUCACAGAAGAGGCAGGCGACUCCCAUCCAUGCCGUCGGAAAUGGUGAAGAUGUUAGCGUCAGUGCUAGUGCAACCGCAGUCAUUUCGACUACAUACCCGCCGUCCAAUGGGGUUGGAGUAUACAGUCAUAUGAGUUCGAGCGUGGAAGUUCAGACAUCCCAAGUCUCAAAGAAUGAUGAUCUUACAAAUACUCAUACUCGCACUAGCAGUCGCCAGGGUAGUCCUGCGGCACUGCAUUCCCCUCCUUCACAGCACACUCAGUCCAGCGAACACGCCAGUGCCUUUCAAACCGCCAUUUCCAGCAUUCCUGCCAAUUUCUCGCAGUCGGUGGCGGCAGACGGGAUCCCGCAGAUGACAUCUCAACCUGGAGCUGCGCUUGGCGUCACACCCGUCACUGGGUGCUCUGUGAUCUUUAAUUAUGCCUCUACGACUGACUCUGGAAAACGCACGAGCGAUGGAACAGCAGGGCUGAACUCCCAACCGUUUUCUAAUCCUUAUAGUAACAGCAACGGAACUCCCCGCCCUAUGAAUCCACCUUUAUUCCAUAACUUUGGCGGAAUUUCCACCGGUGAUUCUCAACUCCCUGACACCCAAGUAGUCCCCUCCAGCUCCUCAGACUCGGCCCCUUCACAAACCUCGACCGCAACACCUGCCCCGCACUCCCAACCCUCCUCCCAACCUCACCUCCACAACUCCUCCCACCCUGCGCCCCCUUUAUUCCCCUUGCUCCCUAUACAAACCACUAUAACCUGCGAUCGCACGCUUCUGGCGAACCUGCACGACCGCCUCGUCGCCGAGACGGGCGGGUACACUGUCGAGCAGCUCGAGCAGGUGAGCAGCGCUUGUAUGAGCAAAGUGUGGGAAAUGCGCGCUUGUUGGGACCGCGAUGAGAUCAUCCGCAGGGUCGGCGAGGUAUUCGAGGAGCUGGACGGCGACAUUCGGGAGGGCGGGGGUAUUGGUGAUGGAAGUUUCGGAUCUGCUCAACUAGGUUAGAUUAGGUUAGGCUAGGCUAGGUUCCGUUAAGUUAGGUGCUAAUGAAAACGAGAGAAGUGAAGGGUCUUUUGCUUUUUUUUUCUUUUUGCUUUUUCUUUCUUCUAUUCUUUUCUGGUUUGUUUCGUACUUGAUUUUUCUUUGAAUGUUGGGUGAUUGUUUUUUUUCUCUUAUAAAUCUCUACUUUUUUCUGUUUUUUUUAUAUUCUCUUACCCUUUCCCUUCAUUUUCGCGAUGGUGAUGAUGGUGCGCACAGUCUACUCUUCCUACCUCUUUUCUGUUCUAUCACCCUCUCCUCCUACUUCCCUCCAACCAACCGAUCGCACUGACCAACCUAAGUUAGAUCUAGAACCCCUUAUCACCUAAACUGUACAAUACUAAUGCCCUCUUCCCUUCUCCAUCUGUCUCUACCUCCCUCUACCUCCUCAGAUAUUAACGUUUCUAUUCUUAACUCAUUUUCUGUCUCAUUUGUGAGUUGUUGGGGGGGGUUGUUAUUGCGGGAUUGGCUCUUUAUUUACUUAUUUAUUCUUUGCAAAAUAACUGUUUUUAUGUGAGAUAGGUUUUUCCUCAUUAGUUAGUUGUGUGUUCUUGAAAGGGAAAUGGAAAUGGAACAAAAGUAGUGGGAUUUAUCGUAUAA